GCUUUCAACGACCACUUUGUCUGCUGUUUAAAUAUUCCAUUCUCAUGGGCUCUGUAAUUUGCAUCUUACUGUUCUUUCUGGGACUAGUAACUAAAACCACACUGCAAGCAGAUACAAUCCACGCUGCACGUAUUUUCGGGUCCUCACAUGUUAACUUUGGGGAUACCAAAGAUAUAAAGUGCAGUGCUUUUGGAUACAAGAAACCUGAAGAACGCGUCUACGUUUACCUGUGCAAAAAUGGAGCCGGGAUAGACAGCAUGGAAACCGAAUGUCCGGACUCCAUUUUCCUGAUUAGAAAUGCCAAGAAAGAAGACUCUGGAAACUACAGCUGCAUGUUCUCCAGAACAAAAUAUCACCCCAAAGAUGUAAAAGGACAGGGAGAAAAUGCAAUCUUCCUCCAAGUGAUUGACAGAGUGUAUCCAGCGGUCAUUGCUGGAAAUGGGUCUGAGGUGAAACCAGACGCAGACGUGGACUUCACAUGCAUCUCAAAAGAUGCCCCAGACACUCCCGUCCUGCUGGCGUACCUCUGCCUGAACGAAAUCAUCAUCCGUGUUGAGAUGUGGGACUCUCGGAGGAAAGAGGCUGUCUUCCGUCAAAGGAGAGUGCGGGAGAGCGACACGGGCAACUACAGCUGCGUGGUUUCAGCGCGUCCCCUUAACACAACAGAGUUGAACAUGUGUGGGAACAACUCCGUGUCCCUGCGGGUUUCAGGAAACCACAGUACUGAAUCUCCUCCCGGGGUCACUUCAUCCUCCACUGAAGUGGCGUUGGCGCCUCUGUUCCUGCUGCCUUCGCUGGUCCUGCUUCUGCUUCUGAUGAUACUGCUCUGGAAGAAUGGAAAAUGUACGUGUAAGAGGUCCUGGACAAAUAUGCCCGAUGAUAGCGUCUAUGAAGAGGUUAUGGUAUACGACACCAAUGGACAGGACCAAGUGACACCAAGGUAA